AUGCCGCAAACGCCGCGGAAACACGUCGAAUUAGACGCCUACACACACACGCAAAUAUGCACUUUGAAGCAUACAGGCUUGACAUACAAGCAGCUACAACUUCAUUUUCCAAAUAUACCGUUUGAUACGCUCAAAUCGACGGUUCAACGUGCGAAAAAUCGUGUUAAAAAUGAGACCUCGCCGCGAUCGGGUCGACCAAAGAACAUUACCGAUAUGGAUAAAGCAGUACUAUUUGCUGAGAUUGAUCGCAAUCCACGUCUCAAAAUAGUCGAUUUGCUUGCUAAGCUUGAGGCUGAAUGCUGUGCUAAGACCUUAAUGAACUGUCUUCGUGAGUGUAGCAUGCGUAAAUGGCGUGUGCUGAAACGACCCGAAUUGACUGGAUCGCAUGCCACACAGAGACUCGCCUAG